GCUAUGGGGUUAGAUAGAAGAAUGUGAGGAGGGAUGCGUAAAGUGUGUGUGCUAGAGAGGGGAGAGACGGGGAGUAAGAGAGAGAGAGAGAAGAGAGAGAAAGCACUCAGCGGACCAGAGACUUGAACAUCACAAGACUGCACACAAUGAAGUAAACAAACAGCUUUGGGAUGAAUGGUACCAUGAACCAGACAGAGGGACAGUACAGAGAUGGCUAUGAGACAGCUUGGAAUGGCGGCAACACCUACAACAUCACGCCUCAUAAUGUCACCACUGGCUUCCAGUCCCCCUUCUCCCCGGUUAUGGACAUGGCCAUCAGUGGCAUCACCAUCAUCAGCCUCUUCAUCACCAUGGUGUCCCUGGGCUGCACCAUGGAGAUCUCCAAGAUCAAGGCCCAUAUCCUGAAGCCCAAAGGGGUGGCCAUCGGAGUGGUGGCACAGUUUGGUAUCAUGCCUCUCACUGCCUUCAGCCUGGCCAAAAUCUUCCAGCUGGGCGCCAUCGAGGCUGUGACCGUGCUAAUCUGUGGCUGCUGUCCAGGGGGCAACCUCUCCAACAUCUUCGCCCUGGCCCUGAAGGGUGACAUGAACCUAAGCAUUGUAAUGACCACAUGUUCUACUGUUUUGGCCCUGGGUAUGAUGCCUCUGCUGCUCUUCCUAUAUCGCCAUGGCUUCAAUAAUUUGGAAAACGCUGUGCCUUACACUGGCAUCACCAUAGCUCUCAUCAUGACCCUAGUGCCCUGUGCCAUUGGCAUAGCCAUCAACCACCGGGUACCACAGUACUCUCAGAUCAUCAUCAAGGUUGGUCUCAGCAUCUUACUAAUUGCCUCUGUGGCCAUUGGUGUCAUGUCAGGCAUCUCCAUUGGGGGAACAGUGUGGGUGGUUCUCUCACCCCAACUCAUGGCCGUGGCUGCACUGAUGCCCCUGACAGGCUACCUGCUGGGAUACCUCAUAUCCACCAUCUUCAAAGUCAAUCAUCAGGAGGCGAGGCACUGCUUUUCAUCAUCCUCUUCAGAUGUUACCAAAGUUUCUAGCCACCAGCUGAGGGUAAGUGUCACAGCUGCCUGGGUAACACUAGGGUAGCGUGGCUCAGAGAAUGUACUGUCCCCUUACCCCUGCUGUUGUUACAGUGCGCCGGACUGUUUGAGAAAAUAUAGGCAAUCUUUCUUCUAAAGAAAUCUAUCUCUCCCAUAGCAAAGCCUGUAUACAUGACAGUGGCCGGUAAAAUAGAGGAAGUAAAGGUUCUAUAGGUCCCAUAGAGAUGGAGCGGUCACAGGAGGACAGCGGACCAAACUGAACAGGCCCAGGACAGGAGCCAAGACCACAGCAUCGGAAUGGAGAGGGACACCUCAGACAAUCAGGAUGUGUUGAGAACAGAAGAUGGUAGUCUAAUAUGGUCAUUGCUUUGUCACUUCAAUGACAUCAAAUGUAUGGGUUUUUAGGGCAACAUAACUGGCUGGCGAUGUGCAGCACAAUUUUACCAAUGCAACUGUAUACUGUAGUUGGAAUGCAGUGUCUAAGCCACUAGAUACUAACUGGAGGAAAGAAGGAGUAACUGGAUUUAUAUUGACAAGCUUUUAUUUCUAGAGAAGAUAAUGAAUUUAAAUACUUUAUCUACUGCCAAUAUUUAGCAUUUUGACAAUAGAUUAUGCCCAGGUAUUUUAUACUUAAGAGUAAAUAUAAAAAAUGUAUAAUGUAGAUUAAGGUUUUAACCAAAUACUCAAUGACAAUGGGGUCAUUUCUGUAAAGGACAUAAAAGCAGCAUAAAGUUGUACAGGGUCUCCAUCUUUGUUGCAGUGUUAUGAAAACAAAAAUUGUGAUGUUUAAUUACAAAAAAAGCCUCUAAAAUGUCAAAAUGUAUUUUCAAGAAGUGGGUUCUUUAUAAAUAAAGUGCAUUACAAUGCCA